UAAGGGAUGCACCUCCAUAGCCCUUUUGGGUUUCUCCGUUCCGGUUGCAGACUCCGGGCGUGAGCCGCUCCGCGGAGGCUUGCAAGCUUCCAGCACCCGUCGCGAGACCGAUGCAAGUAGCUCCGGGAAGAGGGAACCGCCAUGGAUACUGCUAGUCAUAGCCUUGUCCUCCUGCAGCAGUUGAACAUGCAGAGGGAAUUUGGUUUUCUCUGUGAUUGCACAGUCGCCAUUGGAGAUGUUUACUUCAAAGCUCAUCGAGCCGUGCUUGCUGCUUUUUCUAACUAUUUCAAAAUGAUAUUUAUUCACCAGACUAGUGAGUGCAUAAAAAUACAACCAACUGACAUCCAGCCUGAUAUAUUCAGCUAUUUGUUGCACAUUAUGUACACUGGGAAAGGGCCAAAGCAAACUGUGGAUCAUGGCCGUUUGGAAGAAGGGAUUCGAUUUCUUCAUGCAGAUUACCUUUCUCACAUUGCCACAGAAAUGAACCAAGUAUUUUCUCCAGAGACUGUGCAGUCUUCAAAUUUGUAUGGGAUUCAGAUCUCAACCACACAAAAAACCACAGCCAAGGAAGGGCUGGAGAUGAAAGAAAACCCUUCCAAUAGCAAUGGAAACAGAAGUGUUGCCCAGGGUGACCACCCACAGUUACAACUCUCUCUUGCUAUUGGGCUAGAUGAUGGCACUCCAGACCAGCAGAUAUCUCAUGCUUCUUCCCAGUCAAUGGAGGAGCUCCAGAAGCCGCCAGUGUCUAUCAAGCAAGAACGGUGUGACCCUGAAUCUGUUGUCUCUCAGAGCCAUCCCUCACCUUCUUCAGAGGUAACAGGCCCUACUUUCACUGAAAGUGGCAUCAAAGUUCAUUUGUGCCAUUACUGUGGGGAACGCUUUGAUUCACGUAGUAACUUACGAGAACAUCUCCACACUCACGUGUCUGGGUCUCUUCCUUUUGGUGUCCCAGCCUCCAUCCUGGAGAGUAAUGAUCUUGGGGAGGUACAUCCCAUCGGUGAAAGCAGUGAGGCUCUCAGUGAAUGCCACCGGCUCAGCACCUUCCUUGUCAAAGAAAAUGAGCAGCAGCCUGACCACCCAAACCGGGGCACCAUGGAACCAUUACAGAUCAGUCAGCUGUCCUUGAUCUCCAAAGACACAGAACCUGUGGAGUUAAACUGUAACUUUUCUUUCUCCAGAAAAAGAAAAAUCAGCUGUACUCUCUGUGGUCAUAAGUUUCUCCGGAAGAGCCAGUUGCUGGAACACAUGUACACACAUAAAGGAAGUGGAAAAGCACUACUAACUCCAUUUUACAGAAAAAACCCCAAAACCUGAAUCCCAGAGGUCAAGUGGUGGUGGUGUGGGGACUGAACCCAACCUUCAUUUGUUCAUUUAUUCAUACAUACAUACAUACAUACAUAUAUACGUACACACAUUCAUUCAUUUGUUUAGCACACUUUUGUUAAAGCUCCUUCUGUGUGCUUAACAUGAUGUGCUAAGUCUGGUGUUAUUAUAAUAGACACAAAGACUGGCCAAGAAAGAUGUUUAAAAAAAUCAGUGAAAUAAUUUGGGACUUCAUUUUGUAUUCUUCCACAUAGGGGUGCAAUAUCAACCUACUUCACAGGGAUGCCGUGUGAAUCAAUUCAGUAAUGAAUUUUGAGUUCUUCAAAAUACAUAGCGCUGUAUAAGCUGGGUUUUUUGGCCUAUAAUUCAUUGAUAUAAGAAACUCCACUGAAUUCAGAUCAGUAACUUGUCUGUGACUUACUUAGAGCCUUUGAGGGUUGUCCAUGGUCAUAGACAAUAAACGUCAGAAUUCAGGCUUAAACCUGGAUCUGCCUAACUCCGAGGCUUUCUGACUGUCCAUUCUGCUACUCUGGUAAUAAGCAUUAUCACAUUAUUAAACAAAGACAAUACACAGAUGUCCCUUAUGAAUCAUCUUUAGAAAUCUCCCCUGUCACUUUCCAGACCUUAAGUAUAGUGGGUUCCUUGUCUUACAUUUACCAUCUGCUAGCUCAAAUGUGACAGCUGCGGACCCAAGCAGAUUACAGAAAACGCUGUACUUUUCAAAGAUGUUGGUUAUGAUGUAACAGUAUUUAAAAAAAAAAUCAGGUAGACCGUGUCUGAUUGUUGUUAUGGAUUUUGUCAGUGUCCAGAGAAAGUUAAUUUCAUCUACCUUACAAGGAGACUGAGAACUUUCUGAUUUAUAAUUGUCCAGAUUAUUAUUUCUUGCCUUGGUCUUCUGUUUUCCUGUCCUUAAAAAUUAGCAGAGAAAUGCCUACUUCAUGGGUGUUGUGAGGGUUGAUGUCUGAAACUGUUGGAGUGCUCAGUAUUGCUAGUCCCACGUGCAAGGAGACCUUUGCUGUUGUUUUCCUCUAUUCUUUAGCUAAACAUGGAACUUCAGUAUUUCAGGCCUCAGAAACAUGGAAAUUCUCUAGCCUGAGAAAGGCUUUGUCUUAGGAGGCAUCAGGGUUGAGGAGUUAAUACCUAAAAUCUGAGACUUAGGAUAUGAUAUCGUAUGAAUGUGAACUUUAAACAUGUACUCUAGCAUCACUAAAAACCAGCUAAUUUCAGCUUCGUACCCUGCAAAAACACAUUGAACCAUAAGGGGAAAGCCCUUUGUUUUUAGAUAAUGCAAACAGAAAAGGAAAAAGAGGGUAAUGAAACCUAUCAGUUCAUGUCCUUUUUUAUCCAUGCUAUUGGAAGCAAGACCUCAACCAAGGUUAAAGGAAAUAAAUAAUAGUCUUGAGAUGGGACAAUUUCAUUAUAAAAAAGCCUUUUUGCUUAGGCAAGUUUUUAAUCUUGAAACUGAAGACUGAGUGUCAUUUUUGGUAGUAAUUUAGAUUAAAAUACAGGCUGUGUGAAGAGUACAAAAAACCCCCACCUAGUUUAGUCUUUGCGUCUUUGUAUAUAAAUGUAGCUGCAUUGUAUUUUCUUAUGACCAUUGACUUUAAAAUUCUUCAUGCCAAAAUCCAUGAUUAUUCUGUGACAUGUUGGACUUUCAGGGGAAAUUGUGGUGAGGUUAUCUACCUUUUUCCCCAGCCCACCUUUCCCAAGACGGAAUCUUUUAAGUAGAAAAGCCAAGCCCGUGAUUUUUCAAGGCUUGAAGGAGCCAAUCCAUUGUGCUUUAACUCAGUAUGUGUCUAUGACGCACCUUGCACCCUAGGCUGAUGCUCAUCCUGCUACAUUUUUUCCCUAUUACUGACUUGUCUCUGUUGUGUGCCUACUGUUUUGUCAGGUAGAUAAAAUAUCAACUGGAAGCAUUUUAAAAAAUACUUGGAUUGCAAAACUUGCAUAGUUUAAAAAGCCCCCGUAAGAGAACUUUCAAGGGACAGGUAAUGCACAGAAAAUAGAGCAGACCAAUACCAAUAAUAAAUACACUGUGUUAUUGCAUGACAAAGUUAUGCAGCUCAAUUUAUAAUGAAUUUAAAAUGUUUAGAAUACCUGUUCCUUUAAAAAUAAAACUGUCAUCUUUUGAUUGGAAUAAAGCGAUUGCAUUUUCAUGUAUUUUAUCAAGAAAAAAAUAAAUUAG